CGUGACGCCGUGGAGGGCUACCCCAGUGGCCACUCGCCAUAACCCCACAUACCCCCCCACCCCCCGUGCCCUCGUAGGGGGGUGGGGGGACCGAGGAGGUGCUGCCGGUUAUUAGCGACUGCGUGGCGCGUCUCGCGGUGAUCCUCCUCGUGCUCCUCUCCCCGGUGGUGGUGCCCCCCCCAUCACACACAGACCAUGGACCCGGACGAGGUGGUGCCCCCCCCCACCGCGCUGUCUCGAGGCGCCCACGUGCGCAGCCUGGGGCAGUACGCCGAGCUGUACGCGAGGUCCAUCCAACAGCCGAGUGCGGGAGAGUUUUGGAAGGAGAUCGCGAGGGAGUUCCACUGGGAGCGAUGGCCGCCGCAGGAGGACGUCCUCAGCUACAACUUCGACGUGCGGCGCGGCCGCGUGUUCGUCGAGUGGUUCGCCGGGGGGCUGACGAACGUCUGCUACAACCUCCUGGACAGGAACGUGCUGCAGAAGGGACUCGGGGGCCGCGUGGCCUUCUACUGGGAAGGCAAUCGCCCUGACGAGAGCUCACAGAUCACCUACGCCGAACUCCUCGCCGAGGUCUGCAAGUUUUCCAACGUUCUGCUUGCCAAAGGCGUACGGAAGGGCGACCGCGUCGCCGUGUACCUCCCCAUGGUGCUGGAGUUGGUGGUGGCCAUGCUCGCCUGCGCCAGGCUGGGCGCCGUGCACUCCGUCGUGUUUGCGGGGUUCUCUGCGGACGCUCUCCACGACCGCAUCGCGGACUCGCAGUGCCGCCUCCUGAUCACGGCCGAUGGAUUCCAUCGCGGGGACAAGUCGAUCAACCUGAAAGAGAUCGCAGACGAGGCCUUGAAGAAGAACGCGGAGGAGGACGACGUGAAGGUGGAGCACUGCAUCGUGGUGAGGAGGCUCGGCGAGCAGCAGAGUGGAGUGGCGAGCGAGGCCCCCGUGGUGCCGUGGACGAGCGGACGGGACAGCUGGUGGCACGAGCUGAUGCUCGGGGCGAGCACCACGUGCGAGCCCGCGUGGUGCGACGCCGAAGACCCGCUCUUUGUCCUCUACACCAGCGGCUCCACCGGCAAGCCCAAGGGGGUGCUCCACACGACCGCGGGCUACCUGCUCUUCGUGGCCACCACGCACAAGCUCGUGUUCGACAUUCGGCCGCAGGACGUGUACUGGUGCACGGCCGACAUCGGCUGGAUCACCGGCCACUCCUACAUCGUCUACGGACCCCUGGCCAACGGCGUCACGAGCGUGCUGUUCGAAGGCAUCCCGACGUUCCCGGACGCGGGGCGGUUCUGGCAGACGGUGGAGAAGUACGCGGUGAGCAAAUUCUACACGGCGCCCACCGCCAUCCGGCUCCUCAUGAAGCACGGAGACGCCUUUGUGCUCAAACACAGCCGCAGCUCCCUGCGAGUGCUGGGCACCGUCGGGGAGCCCAUCAACCCCGAGGCGUGGCGCUGGCUCCACGGCGUCGUCGGAGGCGGCCGCUGCCCCAUCGUCGACACGUUCUGGCAGACGGAGACCGGAGGGCACGUGCUGACGCCGCUCCCGGGCGCCACGCCGCUCAAGCCGGGCUCCGCGACGCUGCCGUUCUUCGGCGUGGAGCCGGCGAUCCUGGACGAGCGCGGGGAGGAGCUGGCGGGCGAGGCCGAGGGCUUCCUGGUGUUCAAGCGGCCGUGGCCAGGGAUCCUGCGCACGCUGUUCGGCGACCACGAGCGGCUGGAGGCGACGUACUUCGGGAAGUUCCCCGGUUACUACGCAACGGGGGACGGCUGCAGGAGGGAUAAAGACGGAUAUUACUGGAUCACGGGCCGCACAGAUGACAUGUUGAACGUGUCCGGCCACCUGCUGAGCACGGCGGAGGUGGAGUCGGCGCUGCUGUCCCACGGGUCCGUGGCCGAGGCGGCCGUGGUGGGGCGUCCGCACGCACUCAAGGGCGAGAGCCUCUACUGCUUCGUGACGCUCAACCACGGCCUGGAGCUCAACCCGAGCCUCGCCGCCGAGCUCAAGAAGCGAGUGAGAGAAAGGAUCGGUCCGAUCGCCACGCCCGACUUCAUCCAGAGUGCGCCGUCGCUGCCGAAAACGCGCUCAGGGAAGAUCAUGAGACGGUUGCUGCGCAAGAUCGCGCAGGACGACUCGGACUUUGGGGAUUUGUCGACGUUGGCGGACCCAGCGGUGGUGCAGCUGCUCUACAGCUCGCGCUGCGUCAACGGCCACUAGAGCCAGCGUGGAGAGACACCGCCCAGAGACACACAGAGACACACAGAGAGACACAGACACACAGAGACACACAGAGAUACACAGAGAGAGACCGCCCAGAGACACACAAAGAGACACAGAGACACACAGAGCACAGAGACACACAGAGCGACACAGAGACACACACAGACACACAGAGACACACAGACACACAGAGAGACACCGCCCAGAGACACACAGAGAGACACAGAGACACACAGAGCACAGAGACACACAGAGACACACAGACACACACAGAGCGACACAGAGCACAGAGACACACAGAGACACACAGAGAUACUGCCCAGAGACACACAGAGAGACACACAGAGCACAGAGACACACAGAGACACACAGAGACACACAGAGCACAGAGACACACAGAGCACACAGAGACACACAGAGGCACACAGAGACACACAGAGACAUACAGAGACAUACAGAGACACACAGAGCACAGAGACACACAGAGACACACAGAGACACACAGAGACAUACAGAGACACACAGAGCACAGAGACACACAGAGACACACAGAGACACACAGAUCACAGAGAGAGUCUGGGCCGUGGAGUGUGAGAGUCCGGCGAACGCGGAAAGCCGGAGUACGGGGUGGGAAAGGAAGUUGGAGCAAGCGGCAGCGGGGCAGCAGCUGCGGCAGCAGCAGCAGCAGUAGCGCUUCCUGGACGAGCAGGGUGGAGUCCUCGUGCCACAGCGGUGGAGCUCAGCGCGCGACUUCACCACGUCCAUGCCGGCGGCGUCACUGAAACUGAAGCCACCCAAAGGGCAUCCGCAGCAUGACCCGGCAUGAAAACAAUUGAAUAAACGAUCUCGAUGAGAACCUGA